AUGUUAUAAAAUGCAGUUUAUUCGGUGGGAUGGCUUGGAUCACAGCCAAUCAUUUCAAUCUCCCUUUUACGAUAUCUUGUUAAGUCAGAUGUCGCUGCUCUUUAUGCUUCUUAGUUUUUCAUUAGACUUUGGUGUAUUGCUGCCUUCCUCAUCGCCUUUAUUUACAAAAUUUUGAGCCUGCAACAUCCAAUCAAGAAUUCCCCGCAUGAAUUGGCUUAACCAUUCCGGUUUUCAUUUUCUCUUGUUUUCACUUGCGCUAUAUUCGAAUUUAUUCAAUUAGCAUUGACAAUUCACGCAGUAACAAUCGUAUAAAAUAUAAGUUAGCCUAUUACAGUAUCGUUCAUUACUUAGCUCUUUACCAAUUAUUCAGAGCCUUCUUUCGUAGUUGGAUCAACAACGUCACUCCCAAUACAAUAUUUUGUUCAUUCCUCCUAAUGGCUUUAGUCUAUUUACUCGAAGAUUGGUUAGUACUCAUUCCCAGGAACUGCAUUCUAGAAUAAGUAUCUUUCAGUUAAAAAAUCAUUUGAUUGGCAACCUCUUGUAAUGGUUAUUUGUGCAGCAGCUUCUCAUACUCUUGGCAUUUGGAUGUUUAAGGUUUUGUCAAUGAAAAUGCAUUAAACUUAAAAAGCUUUUAUCGACAGGGUUUCUUGGUCAAACUACAUAGCUGACGAACCAGACAAAAUCACUUAUAGUCUGUGUGUAGUUAACAGUUUGUUCAGCAAAUACUUCGAGGCUCAAUUAAGAAUACAUUGCGAGACAAAUUCUAUGUAAAUUGAUGGACUCUCUUAAAAGGAACUACGAUCUUUAAUCAAGGACUAUUUUGAUAAUCAUCUAACUUACAGUUUUCAGUAUAUGGAGUAAUUCAAGAUAUUCAAUUUCAACAAAGAAGCCAUUGAUGAUCCUGCCAUUUAUAAGGAAGAAGACACUUUACUUAGAAGGUUAAUUAGGGAGAAGAUCUAUGAAAUCUAGCUUGAGCAUCAAAGAUACAAGGAAUUAUUUGGCUCUGAUAAGUAUCUCAAUCUCUAAUUCGAAAUUCUAUUUGAAGAUUAUGGUAUACAUGAGUACAUUUGGGAUGACGAAACACCUUAUAUUUAAUUGAUAAUUUCAUUUUUUGAGGGAAUCUUUUGUUUCUGUGCUGCCUUCUAUAACCACGAAUACGAUGACUUAUUUUCAAAUGGAUACUAUGUAUCAAUGUCCCAUGUUUCUUAUUAUGUAUGGAUAACUAUAUUUUUGGGGGUUUUCUAAUUGCUAAAAAUAUUCUCAUUUAAAGUGAUGUUUCUGUGGAAUGUUCAAACCUAUUUUUUUAGUGGCAUUUUCACUGAGUUAAUUGUGGUGUAUAUUACAAUGCUUUGGAUUGAACCUGUUGGAUAUCUAUAAGUCUUAGGCUUAAUCUUAUCUUAUAGUAUAAUGUGUGUAUUGUAUAGAUCUGCUGAAAAAGUGAGAGAUCAAAAAAACAAACUCUUCUAUUUAAGUUUUAUUACUUUCUUGAUCAGAGUACAGAAAUUUACAGUCAGAGAAGGAUCCUAAAUAAUUCAAAUGAUGUCUCUUUGUGCAGAAAGAUUAAGUCUCAAUGAAUUUUUGAAUGUCUUGGCUCAAAUUCUUUGUACUCAUGGAAUAGUUAGUUAUGAUUAAUUAAGAUAAAUCAAAUUCAGUCAUUUUGGAGAGAGUCCUUUCUUUUAAUUUUAGAUUCCAUUUAUCUUUCAAUCUCAACUUAGAUAUGAAAACAACAUUGAAGAUCCCUAUCUCCCUGAAUUUGAUGAUGAGCAUCUACUUAGAGAAGAGGACAAACAAACAAAGUUUGAAAGAUAUGUUAUUGAUAGUAAAUAUGAGAAUGAGAAAUAAUCAGUGAAGGAUGAAGUCAAAUAGUAAGUUAUGGAGAUUAGAAAAUUGAAUAAAUCGAAAAUACUGUAAAGCAACAUCUAGCAAUCAAGAAUUGUUUAAAUUGAUGAUCAUCAAGAGUGA